AUGAUGAUUUAUACAUUAAUAACCUUUUGCAUGCCCCAGCUCUCUUACAUCUUUCGGUAUAUGCACUUCCAUUUGCUUAUCACUCCGACUCCAUUAAUGGCGGCAAAGAGCAAGAUCUUGGUAAUCGGUGGGACAGGACACAUGGGAAAAUUCAUAGUAGAAGCGAGUGCCAAGGCAGGCCAUGAGACCUUUGCUUUGGUUCGAGAAGCAACGCUGAAAAAUCCAACCAAGGCUAAUAUGAUCAACAGCUUCAAGAAGUUGGGCGUGAAAAUUGUGCUGGGGGAUUUGUUUGACAAUGAGAGCCUGGUAAAGGUAUUAAAGCAGGUGGACGUGGUGAUAUCCACGGUUGGUCUUGAACAAUAUGACCAUCAGCUUCACAUUAUAUCUGCCAUCAAACAAGUCACAAAUGUCAAGAUUCAAAGAUUCUUCCCUGCUGAAUUUGGAAUGGAUGCGGAUAGAGUGCAUGCAGUUGAGCCAGAAGAAUCAGCAUUUGGUAGUAAAGCUAAAAUCCGUCGGGCUAUCGAAGCCAGCGGGAUACCAUACACCUAUGUGUGCUGCAACUUCUUUGCGGGCCGCUUCCUUCACACAAUGUUGCAGCCAGGAGCCACAGCUCCCCCUAGAGAUCAACUCAUGGUCUUUGGCGAUGGAAACCUUAAAGGUAUUUUUAACAAGGAAGAGGACGUUGCAACCUAUACAAUUAGGACAGUGGAUGACCCAAGAACCUUGAAUAAAAUCCUCUACAUUAAGCCUCCUGCUAAUAUCUACUCGUUUAAUGAGCUCGUGUCUUUGUGGGAGAAAAAAAUUGGCAAAACCCUAGAAAAGGUCUAUGUUCCCGAGGACAAACUACUUGAAAAUAUUCAAGAGGCCUCGGCUCCAAACGAUGCGAUAUUAUCAAUUGGUCACUCAGUUUUUGUAAAGGGAGAUCAAACUAAUUUUGUGAUCCAGCCUUCAUUUGGUCUUGAAGCUUCGGAGCUUUAUCCAGAUAUUAAAUACACAACCGUGGAUGAGUACCUAAACCAAUUUGUAUAAGAUUAAAUGGUUGCCAGCUUCUUCAGAAAGUAGAUGUGAUUUAUAUAAUUUUAAUGAAUAAACAAAAAAUGUAGUCUAGCUUUUACAAACAGAUCAAUGAGAGAAUGUGUUCGUCCUUUAUUCAACUACCCCUUUUGUUACCUCAUUAAAUUAUGCAGUGGAAGUUUAGAGAUGAGCUGUUUGCCUUAUUUUCCUUUUUGUCUCAUUCUUUUUUUUUUAAAGGUCUUGUUUUCCCUGUCCUCUAUUUCUUUAUUAAAUAAUAUCUCUACAUUGAACUGCUUAUUGUCAA